UAUGUGUUUAUUUAUUUUUGCAUGAUAAUAAUAUUCUCCUCGUUGCGUUUAUCUUUUGCCGAUCGAUUUUCUCAGAGGAAAACAAUGUCAACACUUUUCAUCUUAGUUGAUUUAUGUAUUUUUAUGGUACAUUUGUUGAGUCCCGUUUAGUUUGCUUAUAUUAUUAGUAUUUGAAUUGUGUAAAAUUAUUUUGCUUAAAAGAACAUAAAGAAAUGACUUAUUAUUGUGGAAGUUAUGACAACUUUGCUUGUUUGGUGAUCAAAUUAUAGUAAGAUUGAAGGCUGCUAUAUAUAUUACUGUACUGUUAAAUUUGGUUGGAUUACUGUGUUGGUUUUGGUAAAGGGUAAUUUUAAGUGGUAAUAAAUAGAGAAAUUCAACUGUAUUUGCUUUUAAGAUUCCGCUUCUGUAAAGCAGAUUAAUAGUGUGCAGGUGAUUCGAUGAAUUUGAUGGCACAAUACUUGAUUGCUGCUGCUGAUUGCUUAAUAUUUAAUGGAUAUGCUUUUCUUAAAAUUUUAUGAUAUGCAUUUGUAAAGAAGUGUCUUUCUUGCUUUGGAAAAGUGAGGGGAAGAAAGACAGGGGAAGCAGACAAGAGGUUCAUAUUCAUUCUUGGCUGAAGAUGCAUGUCCUUGUGAGCAAAAUGGAUGAUGCGGAGCAGAAUAGUGUGUUUGGAAGUUGUCCAGAGUUUGGUGCAAUCUUCAUUUCAAACAAUUCAACCAAAAAAGAAUGUUUAAGAAGAAAAAUUUUUGCCCUCCCAUCUUCGCAAUACCACUUUGUGAAACAAGUUAAAGCUGGGAUGAUUCUAUUCCUGUUUGAAUUUGAGAGGAGAGAACUUCAUGGUGUCUUUCAAGCAUGCUCUGACGGUGCAAUGAAUAUUCUGCCUCAUGCAUUCAGUUCAUCAGGGAAGGAAUUCCCUGCACAGGUAAAAGUCAACCCUAUGUGGAAUUGUCUGCCACUUUCAGAAAAUGAAUUUCGUGAUGCUAUCAGAGAAAACUAUUUUUCCAGAUACAAGUUUAACUUUGGACUGUCUGAAGAUCAGGUUAGGAGGCUUCUAUUAUUGUUCAGUUUUAAGAGGUUGAAAGAUCAGGCACCUCAGAGACAGUUGCCCAGAAGUAAAGUUGCUGCAAGGCCAAGUGUGUACUCUACAAGAAAACUUAGAAGAGUAGUUGAUAAUGAUAGGUCUCUAAUGAGAAACCAGGUUCUGGGCGAAUGUGAUGUGGACAACAAUCACAGACCAGUUAUUUCAACUAAGCACCAUGGGGACUCUUUCUAUAAUGAUGACAGAGCAACAGAUGAUGGUGGAUUUGGAACAUACAUGGACGUGGGAGAUAAGCAUAAAGCAAGUGCCUUCUUAAAUGAGUGUUUUCAGGAUCAUAUGGGUAAAGUUGGAGGGAACAUCGAUGCCGGUGAAUGCACCACAAAUGAUGGGUUGGAGAUUGAACGGAAUACUGGCAUUGAGCUUCAACCCGAGGUUUCAGUUGGGUAUUCUUUAUGUAAUUUCAGAAGCUUUUCCAAUGAUGUAAGGUUUGCGAAGAGUGAUAGGCUUGAAACAGAAUGUUAUAAGGAUGAUGGUUUUGCUUCAACCAUCUCAACAACAUAUCCUAGUUCUUUUCAAUCUAAAGUUAAUCCACAUGCAUGUCCUAGCAAACAUGUUCUUGAAGCAGAUUCAUAUGUUCAUGACCCAACUAGACCAUCCUCAACAUUCCGCCCCUCAAUGGAGCUGCAAAACCCUAAUGUUAGUUAUCCACGGACUUAUGAAGAUUCUAUUGUUACAACUGCUCUUCCUUAUGACCCCGAUGUCCCUAGUAUCAAUUAUCAGGGCCCCUCAUCCUUGGGGUUCAAUCAGGGCCCCUCAUCCUUGGGGUUCAAUCAGGGCCAUGCUUCAUUUCAAGAAUAUUCUAGUCAUGAUAGUUUUGUUGCUAAUGUUUUUGGUUUUUCCAAGAAUCAAUUAUUUCCUUCAUUGUUAGAGACUAACACAACCAUAACCGUUGAUGUCAACUCUGGUUCUAUGGAUUUCAUUCCAUUGCCCUAUUCUAAUCAGUAUGAACACUCCAGCAGGACUAGCCUGCCCAGACAUGCCUAUUCUGAUGACAUAGCAGCUGAAUACUCUAAAAAUGAAUGCUCUGAUGAUGUUUCCUUUCUGAAGCCCUCUUUAGCACCUAUUCCUUCUUCUGAAAUUAGAAAUAAUGUCAGGAUGAGUACGCAGCCAUCAUCUUAUGGAACCAGUCUUAUCAAGUUUCCUUCUCUUAUGUUUUCUAGCAGGUAUCCUACAUUAUUACAAGCGAGACAUGAUUGUCAAGUGCCAGAGUGUGAAAAUAAUGCAGGAUUUGGAAAUGAUGUUUCUAUGUUUAAAGAGUACCGGCACCAUGGGGACUCUUUCUAUAAUGAGAACAAAGCAAUUGAGGAUGGCACAUUUGCAACAUACAAUUAUGUGGAAUGUGAGCAUAAAGAGGGCCAGUACCCGCUGCACGUUCAUGAACCUGCAAACAUAGACUACCAUGAAGUUUCUUCUUUGAAUCCUGCUGCAUAUCAGAAUUCUGAAUGCUUAUAUCCAGAUCACCGGAAGAAAAGGGGCAGUGUGUUUUCUCGCUUAGCUUUGCCUCCUAAAGUAUGUGAACAAGAAAGUAACACCUCUCCUGGCACUGCUGACAUCAAUAGGAGUACUUCAGUGAAUGAAGUCAUGGACAUGCUGCACCGUAGCCACAAGCAUUGGAGGAAGACAAGAACUAAACAGUUAGUCCAGCAACAUGAUAAUGCUGCCAGCUUUAGGGAUAAAAAACAGGCUGCCAAGAAGGAAAGCUUGGCUAUGAUCUCAAAGGAGAUGAACCUGAAGCCUGCCCCAUUCAGCAAGGAGAAUAGCAGCCAAAAAACUGAAGAGACAACUUUUGUGGAUUUCAGACGUCGUCGUGUGGUGAGAAAGAACCUUGAAGAUGGUAAGACUGGAAACCAUUGUGAAAGUCUGGAGAACAAGAGUGCAUCAGCUUCACAAAGUAAAAGGAGAAAAUUGAUUAGGCCAAACUUCUGUGAGAAUGAGUCAUUUGAGAGGGGCAUAUCAGGUGAUUCUCCAGAAAAUUUAAUACCAUCCUCAGUAGGAUGUUCUGUCAGUAAAAAUGCUGUAAGUAUUAAGGCUUCUGUUUGCCACGAAAAUGAAGAUGAUAUAUCACAAAAUGUUAAAUUGCCAAAUGCGAUGUGCCAGACUGCUGUUGAAGGCAACAUUGACAAGGGAAGUGACUCAAACUCAGAACAAUUCAGUAUGGAAAGCUUAAUUGCCCUGAGAAGUGCCGAUGAAGAUGGAAAAGAAUCAUCACAAAAUCAUGGCAUCUCAAGUAUGACUUCAGUGUCUUGUGGGGACAUGCGUAAAGAAAUUGAGCAAGAUUUGAGUAAUAGAGAUUUAGGGAUGGAUGGAUUGUUCCAAGAGCGCAAUAAUGUGAGCCAUUCCAAUCAUGAGUCAUCUCCAAAAAUUUGUGAAGACAAUGAUGGUAGUGGAGUUGCAAAGAGUGAGUUGUUGCACAAUAUUGAACAGAUCAAUCACAUCUAACCUGAUGGUGGUGAGAUAUCCAUAAGCAAUGUGAACUAAAGGGAAUCAGAACUUUAAAUUGGAAAGGACCUCCUGGUGGCCUUGUACUUCUAUGUACAAUUUUUGCAGAAAUGGGAAUCUCAAGAAAUCAAACAGCAGCAAUCUUUUGGAUUUGGUGAGAGACAAUGUGAGUCAACUUUUGAAACAACCAACUGCUUCAAUAUGCAAGAAUCAGCAAGAAAUACAUGAUGGAAAUGUUAGAUGUGGAAGUAUACUUGUUACAAACAGUGAAGGUGAAAGCUGUGAAAAUGGUUUUUAGUCAAAUUGUUGAAGACAGCGACAAGAUUUGCUGGAGCAGUUGUGACAUGACCAUGAGGCAACGAAAGACCGUCUUAUGCAACCAAAACUCAAAGUCGAGGUUAUGAACUUACUUACAUUGGUGGGAAUGAUGAAAGCAGACAAAGAUAUACCGGUUCAUGGACUAUCCUUACUCUUUUUACCCUUGGAAUUGCCCAAAAUGUGCUAACAGGGAUGCGAAUUUCGUCCAACAACAUUGCUAACUACAACUUAGGAAAGUUCUUUUCUUUUGGUUAGUCGUAGAUUUUUUUUUUCUUGGGUAAAAUUCAUUUCUGCUCUAGUUUGUCUAAGAGAACAUGAUGGAUAUUCCAUGGCAUCGUCUGUACUACUGUCUUUAAUUGCAUCAAGAAAGCUUUCUUUCCUGUUUUGGUUGCUGA